CUUUCUUCAUCUCUAUCUAUCACCCCGUCUCUCAGGUGGAGGGUCAGAUUGUGUUUUCAUUAGUGUAUGUCUCUAUACGGCUCCUGGGAGUGUGAGAGAGUGGUAGUCAUGGAUUUCGCUCUUCACCUCUCCACUCUGCUCUCUGUUCUCACCCACUGCUCAGCUCAGUGGUGUUACAAGAGCCAGUACUCCUGUGACAACACAUGCAGAGACCCUAGUCGGUGGCCAGGCCUGUUCCCUGACUGUGGCGGUCUGCGUCAGUCUCCCAUAAACAUUGUGACAAACCAUGUCCAGGCCAACCACUCCCUGUCACCUUUGACCUUCUACGGUCAUCACAACAUUCUCAACAUCACUGUUGAGAACAUGGGGCAUUCCGCCCACUUCUCCCUGCCUUCGUCGGUGCAGGUCAGUGGAGGGGGUCUGGCAGGUCGGUACCGGGCCAUUCAGUUCCACCUGCACUGGGGUGUGGACGCUGGGCCUGGGUCCGAACACACUGUUGACGGAGAACACUAUCCCAUGGAGUUGCACAUUGUUCACAUCAAGGAGCCAUACAAUAGUCUAGAGGAGGCUGAGCAUGACAAAUCUGGUAUAGCGCUGCUCGCCUUCCUGUUCGAGGAGUCCAAUGAUGAUCACCAUCACUACAACUCUCUUAUAGAAGCCCUGGGAAGAGUUCAGAAUAACGGGAAUCAAAGCACAGUCCCAGGGUUCCGACUCUGUGACAUCAUUCCCCCCUCACAUGAUCUGCAUGACUACUAUCGAUACGUGGGCUCCAUGACGACACCAGGCUGUGAGCAAGCGGUUGUUUGGACGCUGUUCCACAGGACCAUCCCUGUCAGCAACAGACAGCUGGUGUCAGUAGCUCAGCAGGCUCAGUUCUGGACGGGUCAGCCCAUGACAGGGAUCUUCCGGCCCGUCCAGCCUCUGAACGGCAGAACUGUGUACCGGUCGGCAACCAGCCCUGUCCAGCCUGGUCUCAUCACUGUGUGGCUGUAUGUUCUUCUGUCUGUACUGGGGAGGGCACUGGCGUAAAGUACUUAAGUAAAAAUGCUUAGUUUGUAAAGAUGUUGGAGUGUG